AUGCGCUCUCUCACGGGCACUCUCACGCGCUCAAUCACGCGCUCUCUCACGCGAUCUCUCACGCGCUCUAUCAAGGUGCACUCUCAGGCGCACUCUCCCGCGCGCUCUCUCUUGCUCUCUCUCCCGCACUCUCAUGCGCAUUCUCUCUCUCACGUGCUUUCUCUCGCGCACUCUCAUGCACAUUCUCUCUCUCUCACACGCUCUCUCAUGCGCACACUCAUACGCUCCCUCACGCGCUUUCUCACAUGCUCUCACACACGCUCUCUCAUGCGCACUCUCACGCGCUCUCUCACGCACAUUCUCUCUCACAAGCUCUCUCACGAGCACCCUAUCAAGCUACCUAAAACGCUCUCUCACGCGCUCUCACACGCGCUCUCUCACGCGCACUCUCACAGUCUUGUCUCGCGCACUCUAACGCACAUUCUCUCUCACACGAUCUCUCACACGCACCUUGACACGCUCCCUCACACGCUCUCUCAUGCGCUCUCACACGCACUCUCUCAUGCGCUCUCGCACUCGCUCUCUCACGCGCACUCUCACACGCUCUCUCACGCGCUCUCUUACGCUCUCUCACGCGCUCUCUCAUGCGCUCUAUCACGCGCCCUCUCAUGCGAUCCCUCACGCACUCCCUCCCACGCUCUCUCGAGGUGCACUCUCAGGCACACUCUCACGCGCUCUCUCUCGAGCUCUCUCCUGCACUCUCACGCGCACUCUCAUGCGCUCUCUCUCUCGCUCUCUCUCCCGCACUCUCAUGCGCAUUUUCUCUCUCACGUGCUUUCUCUCGCGCACUCUCACACACAUUCUCUCUCUCGCAUGCUCUCUCACGCGCACCCUCACACACUCCCUCACGCGCUCUCGCACGCGCUCUCUUACGCGCACUCUCACACGCUCUAUUACGCGCUCUCUCACACUCUCCCACGCUCUCUCAUGCGCUCUAUCAUGCGCCCUCUCAUGCACUCCCUCAUGCACUCCCUCACACACUCUCUCAAGGCGCACUCUCAGGCACACUCUCACGCACUCUCUCUCUCUAUCUCUCUCUAA